AUACGCGUCAUCUUAUUUUAGACAGGAAAAAAAUGUCAUAAAAUAGUUCUCAUUUUGCCUUGCUUCAGUUCUCCCGCCAUUUAUGAAAAGGAAAAGAGGGAAAGAGCUCUGAACCCUACCUGACCUAAUUCGUCGUCGAUCUGUGUUUAUUGAACUAAAUGAAGUUCAAGGCGUUUCUAUCGGACAAUGGUGUCAGCCUCUUGGACAAGAGGUUCCUGCCAGCCCUUGAAAAAAUGGGAAAGAUUUGUCACCUCUAUCUAACGAGAGACCACGUAUACUUCCUUCAUAACCUCCUUAAUGGUGAUGGCAUCCAAUGCAUUGCUCAAUUUCGUAAAGAAGCACUCUUUGAUGAGUAUCGCCUCUCUAGCCAAAAUGAUGAUCGGAUUUCUUUUGCUAUUGACCUCUCUCUUCUGCAUCGUGCCCUUCAUAGCAUCAUUAGUAUUUACACUGAGUUCAGUGCGGGUGACAGUGGAGUUCCUGGUGGAAACAGCGCCCCUAACCACAUCCAAAUCAAGCUGGUAAAAAAGCUCCCUCCUCAUUCUCAACAACCAAUGCCUUUUCUCACUUUUGAGACAAAAGGUUACAAGUCUGCUGUUAUUCAAGACGUGCCCAUAUCUAAGCCCUUGUCAAGGUCUGAUGUACUUGAAUUACAAGCAGCCCUUGAUAUGGCCCAAGAUUUGCCUCAGACCCUUAUACAAGUCCCACACAUGCACCAGUUACAGAACUUUGUGGAAAAAAUGAAAAAUGUCGGUGAUGUCCUUAAUGUUUCUAUUAGCAAGUAUGGUGAUCUCCAUUUGCAAGUUUCUACUAGCCUAAUCACACUUGGUGCUGAGUUCCGAAAGCUGUCAGUUAUAGGAGACCAAGCACAGAGUCCAACAGAUGAUCAAAAUUUGAGUGCUCAGUCAAGGACAAGAAUAGCACUUCAGAGAGGAGAUGCAAUGACAGUGCAAGUGAGUGUAAAGCAUUUCUUCAAGAGUCUUCAGUGUCAUGCAGCCAAGCCUGAUUGUGCUUUCUAUGGGAUAGCUCAGCAGGGUGCCUGCUUAACAGUCGUAUUUCAGUUCUUCAUCCCAGGCACACAUCAAACUGAUAAGGCAAUCAGUCUACAUUGCCGGCUACCCGUCCUUGAUCCUGGAGCUAGUUGAUAAGUUUCUAAAAUUAAUUUUUGUAUUUCUUUGGCUUAGAAGUACUUUUGCCAGUUUAACCUUCCUAAAUGGUCAUGUGAAGACUUUAUUAGUCAUCAGAACAUGGAUUACAGUGUCCUGUAUAUAGUUAAAUGAAGACUUGAUUUUGUGGAUUCAACUCUUGAUGCUUGCGUAAGACACUUGAGAAAUAUAUAUUAACUGCCUGGACUGUGCAAUCCUUCAUUC